UUUUAGUGAUAUCCAUCGGUCAGACUAAGUCGAACAAUAAUAAGGCAGAAAGGUUUUUCUUCACCAUGUUGUAUCUUUAGGACCACCUUAAACAGGGAAACAACUUAAAGAACAGUUUAUCUCAGAAUAAAGAUGCCAGGAGAAAAAACAUUUACCGUGCGCCCUAGUGUUCUGUAUCCAUCUGAAAUCUUAUCUAAAUUAAAUGCAUGGCGUAUGCAAGGGACCUUUUGUGACAUCUGCCUACAGGCUGUAGAUGGGACUAGCUCUGCAGCCCACAGGUUAGUCUUGGCUGCAGCUUCCCAAUAUUUUGCCAAGAUUUUACAGGAGGAAAGUUCCGACAUUUACAAUCUUCGUUUAAGCCAAAAAGACCUGGGACUGCUUUUGGAUUAUGUGUAUGGAAAAGAUGUCAUCCUAACAAUGUCAGAAGCAAUGCUCCUGAAAAAAAUUGCAAGUGAAUAUGGGUUUUCUUCACUUUAUGAAACCUUAUCAAUAUGUGUUCUCAAGAAUCCUUGUGCAGAUAAAAAGAGCAUCCUCCCAGAAAUUAUACCCAAGAAUGUAAAAGCUGUAGGGAAAAAUGAAAAAGAAACAUUGGCAAAUGUGAUUCUAAAACCGUCAGCUGAAAAAGAAAAGAAAAUGGGCCUCAAGAAAGGCUUCAAUACCAGUUGUAGAAUAUUUUCAAAAAAACAAAACCUUUUAUAUCUGCAAAUAAAGAGAAAGUAUCUUGUUCGUGCUCAUUACAAAAAGAAGUUUGUCAGAUCAAAUGAAAAGUGGCAUGCCUGUUACAAAUGUUGCAGCUGUUUUAUGUCAGCUAGAAAUCUUCAUUUUCAUGAAAAACUUAAACACAGCUUCACUGGAAAGGCUUCAACCAAGGAGUUAAACAAGCUCAAAUGUCAUUCUCAGACAGAGAAAGAGCUUAAGGUCUCCCUGUCUUUGAAAGCAGGACAAGAAAAGAUUGAACAAAAAAGAAGAAAAAUCAAGGUGUCAUCAUUUGACGUGUUUCCUUGCUCAUAUUGUUUUAAAGAAUAUAAAAGUUAUGACAAAAUGAAAAAUCAUUUAAGAACAUGUGCCACGAAAUUGGAUGCUAUUAAGAAGAUUAAAAUUAAUAUUAGAAAUCAGACUGCAAGAGCUGAAGACUAUGAAUUCCCUGAAGAAGAUGACGAAGAAAAUCUGGGAAAUUUGGAUCCAAUCUAUGAAAAUUCUUCAGAAACCAGGACACUGUAUGAAACAAAUAUGAAAGAAGAUAAUAUGAGUGAUAAACAAAGAACACAAGAUAUUAUGGACAUAAGAAUAACCAGGAGUGUGGCAACAACAUCUUUGCUUCGAUAUCAGUUUACAGCUACAAGUAUGGAUAGAGAAAGACUCAUCACAGAUGAAUCUGUUGAGGAGAUUUUGGCUUGUAGCAUUUGUGGUGCAGAACAAUUGUCAAGAGACAGCCUGCAGCUUCAUUUGGCUGUUGAACACCUUCAGGGUCCCAGGUUUACCCGGCCCGUACCAUGCCCUGUGUGCUCAGUGCCAUAUGAUUUCAAAGUCUUGCUCCUAAUUCAUGUGAGAACUAAGCAUGUUAAAGAGGAGCAAAUUCACACCUGGAGUCAAAUCUCCGUCUGUGAUGAAAAUGGUUGCAAUGCAAUUCUGUUGGGUUCUGCUGAAAGGGAGAGACACAUGGACAUCCAUGCAAGGAGGAAGGAGAGGAAUAAGAAAACAUUUAAAUGCCUGAAGUGUACAGCGGUCUUUGACUCUUCUAGCACCCUCCGGGAUCACGCAAGGGAUUGUCCAGGCGUUCCAAAAAAGUUAAGAAGUCCAAGUUAUAAGUGCAAGUUAUGUGGAGCAGGGUUUGUAAAGAUGCAAUGUCUGUGGCGUCAUGAGCAUACAAAGCAUGGUAUAAGCCAUGAUGAUAAAAAGCUACACUGUGCCCACAAAUCUUGUAAGUUCCAGUGCUUCACCUCAACACAAAUGAGCCUUCACCAGAAUUGCCACAAAGAGACUAAAAGUUUUGCCUGUGACAAAUGUGGCAAGACGUACAAGGCAAAAAAGAAUUUACACCAGCAUUACCGGCUUAUUCAUGAGUUAAAAGAUAAGCAGAUAUGCAAGAAAUGUGGGAAGACGCUGCGCACAGCUUCAACUUUACAAAAACAUGAGACCAGAUGCGGAGUUAAAGACAGACCACUCAAGUGUCCUCAGUGCAACUUGAGUUUUAUUACAGCUGACUCAGAAAGUUUAGAUUAUCACAUGUUUGCUAAACAUGGCAUUGUCCCUAAAAACCGUGAUAUACACAUAUGUGAAGUGUGUGGCUAUCAGACUACCAGGAAGGCCAUUCUAAAGAAACAUUUAAUUUCUCAUUCAGAGGAGAGAAAUUUCAAGUGUUCAUAUUGUGACCGUGCAUUUAAACACAGAAAUACAUUACUGCAGCACACGAAAAUUCAUUCUGAUGACAGACCGUUCCAGUGUCAAAUGUGUAAUUACAGUGCAAAGAAGAGCACAAGUUUACAGUCGCAUAUACGACUUCAACACACCCACAAGGGCUUAAAGCCAUACAAGUGCCCUUACUGCAGUCACUGUGCCACUGUGAGAUGGAACUGCCACAAACACAUUACUACUGCACACCCUGGUAAAGAAGUCAGAGUGGAGUUAUUAGCCUGUGAGCCUAGUGACCAGAAGGUGGCAGCACAAGAUGGGGGGACCACUGAUGAGUUAAGCACAGGGAGGAAUAACCAGAAUGCAUCCACUGCAAGUCAGAAUUUGAGUGAGAAGUCUAGUAAAGACAACAGAUUCCCACCUUCUUCUAAUCUUCAGAUAUAUCAGUCAAGCAGUGGGAGCCUCCCUGGUCAUCUUAACACAUCUGGGGUAGAAAAUGCAGGUGCAACAGAAGAAGGUCAAACCCAACAGAAAGAUAAGACACUUUACAGUCCUGGUGUGGACUCUGCAGUGUAUGAUAUAGGAACACUCAUGAACUCAAGUGGUCUCUGGUGAAUAAAAUUGUUGACAUAAAUAAGGUUAUUAUAAUAACAAUUGUUAUUGUUAUUCAUGCAAAUCUCAGAGAAUAUUACAGAACAAGCAUUUUUUUCAUAAAAUAGUUUAUUUGAAUAUACAUUUUUACUGUUUUGAUUUUAUGCUUAAACAGUACCAAGUAGGCUUGUUAAGAAACAAUAGGAAAAUAAGAUUCACCGGGCAAGACUAGACUAGAACUAGACUAGAAAGAGUUAAGAACAUUGAAAUACUUUAUGAAUACGACUGCUUGAAACAGUUAAUAUCAAAUGAUAAAAAGCAUUUGACAGUAAAGUGAAUAUUGAUAUUACAGUGUAUGUUUCAUAGUGGUUGGGAUUCUGAAAUGAAUAGAUUGGCAUUAAACAAAUAACGCAUAUCACAUAAUGCUUACUUUUAACUAGAUAGCUGUUCAAGUGAGGGGGUCUGUUUGAAAUUGAUAUUACAGUUUUCACCCAAGAAAAGCUGCUGUUAUGUCAUCAGCUUGAAUUAGGAAAUUCAUUCAGAUGUAUUUUUGAUGUGAUAGCUUUAUCUUACAAUAACACGUUAUCUAUAUAGAAGCAAAUAAAUCCUAAUGUAGGGAACCCUCUUAAUAUCCUCUUCUUCACUGAAAGCGUUCUUAUAAAAAUAGA